ACCGUGACGGGAAGGAUCCUACAUGUCAGACUUCAGAAGGCGCAUCAUUCUAUUGACAUUGUUGGGAUCUACCAACAUGCUCUGCAUCUGGAGGCGCGGAAACAAAACCUUCAUCAGCGACAUCAACUGUGGGACCAACUAGGCUCUGUGGGUACCGAAUACGCCACGGCAGUCAAGUACCCAGAUGCAGGUGAGUUUGCGGCCCUCCUUGAGGUUCACAGCCUUGUUGUUCUCAACAGCUGGGUCAGACAUAGACAUCAGCAUACCUUUGUGGGUGCCAAGCAUCAGUCCACCAUCGACUUCACGCUUACGCGAAGGCAUCAUGCAGAUGGACUUGCUCGACAGGCCAGGCCGCACCCUCAUAUCAAUUUUAGUCCUUGGCGCCUGGGCGGCAGGCACCUGGCGAUCGCAUCCAGCAUUCCGCUGCACCCUGGGUGGACUUGUGCCUCAGUACGCCGACCUGCGCCUCAGACACGGUACAAUAAGAUGCAGCUGGAUCAGGAAGCCAGACUCGGCGGUCCUCGUAUUCAAGCCCUUCGCACAGCCCUUCAAGAAUACCUGCACCAGGUACGUGAUCCUUCUCCUGAACUAGUCAACAAGUUUUUGCUGCGCAAGGUCAUUUUCCUCUUCCCCAAACAACCGACGCCCAGAGAGCCCAGAGCUUGGCAAAUGCCAGUGGUGCAAGGAGCUGUUUCCACCAUGUGGCAGGCCAGACGUGAGCUUCGACAGAUACGACAGGUGCAUUGCACAGCACUACGAGCAUGCAUGGAGGCUUUCAAGAAGUACACUGUUUUCAUCAGGGCCUAUAAACUUCUCAAACAGCAAGACAAGACGGCCCGCAAGGCACUUCUCAACAAAGAGCUCGCCCUUGCAGCUGAAGGGGAAAUUCUACGAGAUACUGAGGAGCACCACACCAUUGUUCGGCACUUUGAGCAGCUCUUUCAGUCUCUUCAAGAGCCGGAGCCAAACAACAUUGUGCUGAGUACCACACUACAGGUCACGGAGAAAGAUCUCUAUGAGGCGCUCCAACAUACCAAGUAUGGAAAGGCUGUUCCGAGAUCCUCAGCCCCUUCCAGUGCAGUCAAGUGUUGUGCGGAUCUCCUGGCACAGGCACUGGUGGGCUCAGUGAACGCCAGCCUGAAUGGGCAGUCUACUCCGGAGCUGUGGGUAAACAACGGCCCUGUGGAGCUUGUGGUGCGCGGCCCCUACACCGUACCCAGCAUCGAUGCAGAGUUCUCUAUCAACUUUGCUUGCUACGGCAUGCCCACCUUCAGGCUCUUCGCGGCGUCGCCUGCAUCAGCCAUAGCCUCAGCUCCCUUCAUGGAACAGACAGGAGCAGAGGCCCUGCAGGAGGUCCGCCAGAUGUUUCCGCAUCUUGCGGCAAGGACGGGGCAACCGGAGGCGCCGGAUGCGGACAUGAGUGCAGCCCCAGCCCUGGGACGCCGAGACCGGGAGGAGAGCUCACAAGAAACCCCGGAGAAGUACCCGAGGCCAGCAGGCAAGGGCCAAGCUCCGCCGACGGGGAAAAGUGCGGCGGAGGAAGCUCCAACCACUGCCCCCGUGACGGGGGACCCGGCACCGAAAGCUGCAGCGAGCUCGCCGGCUCAGCAACGCUCGCAGCAGGGACAGCAGGCGGGAAAGACCAACAGCGGCCGAGUACGGCAGUGGACUCAGGAGGAGUGGGAUUCCUGGACAAGCUGGGGGCAAAACAAUCGGGAGCUCACCACGAAGGAACUUCAGAGAGAAGUCGAAAACCUUCGGGAGAAUGUUCGACUCCUGGCCCGCAUCUCAAUGCGGCACGAGGACGAGCUGAGCCAGAAGAGGACUGAAACGGAAACGGACUUUAUCCUCACACUGGAGGUGGCUCCAGCCGAUGCCACCCCGGACCAGGAAGGAAAGGUCAACAACUCCUUGCGACUUACUUUGUUCAUCGGCCUCCUCAUGUACUACGAGCUCAAAGUCCACGAGGCGACAGCCUCAGCCGAAUCCCUGGAGCAUCUGGCUCAGCUGGGGUAUCUUCGACAGCUGGAGGGAAAUCCAGUCUGGAACUACCUGCGAUGGAGCUACGACAAGGAGGAAUUGGAAACAUCCGAGCAGCCUCCAUUGCCGGAUGCGGAGCUCCGCUCCCUGCUGACGGUUUUGAAGGCCAGCAUCGGUGCCCCCGGCGUUUUGCUUCGAUUCCACAGCUCGAGGAAGUUGGUGGAGCAGCACAAGUCGGCGGUGACCUUCUUUCUGGGAAUCGGAAUGAGGGAUCCGCAAGCCCGCAUCUGUUACCGGGCCCUGCAGCAGCUAUGCUUCAGCUCGAGCACCCAGCUGAUCAAGAUGAGGCUGAAGCCGGUCAAGAUGGAAAGGCAGCCCCUUGUGAAGAUCCUCCAGGAGAAGUUUCCAGCGCCGCCCGCCCGAAGCGAGGAGCAGCGAGUGACCUUCCUGGCUCGAACUCAGCAGCAGUGGCGAAAAGGGAAAGGUCGAGGCAAGGGCAGCCAGCAAGAGGGCAGAGGCCGAGGCAGCAACGAUCACCAGGAGAGGGAGGAGAACUCCCUGGAGGCUGCGGCGAGGUCCUUCAAGAGCCAAUGA